AUGAAUAUUAAUUUUUAUGUUUAUGAUGAUGAAGCAGAUAAUGAGAUAAUCUGUAGUAGUUUUAAUGUAUACUGCUCAGAUGAAUUUUUAAAGAUUCACAACAUAGAAAAGAACGACAACGCUAUAAUUUAUCAUGAAAUAAUGAGAGAAGAAAAAGAACAAGAAAAAGAACAAGAAAAAGAUCAAAAAGAAGAACAAGCAAGAAAUAUUAGUAAUAUUAGUAAUAUUAGUAAUAUAAAUAUGAAUAUUAAUAAAAUUAAUGACGAACAUGUGGAAAAGAAGCUAAAACGAAAUGUACAAAAUUUUUUCGUAUUAUGUUGUUUUAAAAAUUAUAAUGAAUUGAAUAUUAAGAAAAAAUUAGAAAGUAACGGAUUAUUUAUCAAUAAAUAUAUCCUAAAAAGUCUAAAUCUAGAUAUAAAAGAAAUAGAAGAAAAGAAUAUAUAUAAAAGUUGUAAAGAUCAAAAUAAUAAUGUUAAAAAAAUAUGCACAUUUAAAGUUAACAUAAUAAAACCUCAAUUAUUUAUCCCUAUUAAAGAAAUAAAAUUACAUGUUCAAGAAAUAUUUAAUACAUCCUAUGAAUAUUUAAAAAGUUAUGAAUAUGAAAAUAUAGAUUUAUUACAAUCCUUUUGGACAAAUUUAAAAAGUAAAAACAUGGAAAAAUAUAUUAAUCUUUCUUUAUUAAAUACAUGUCUGUUUGUAAAUAACUUUUUAAAAAUAAGUAUAUUAGGUGUGCAUUCUUAUAUAACGGUCGAACAAAUUAUGUUAACUAAUAGCAAGAAAACAAAAAGGAAAAAUAAAACUAAAAAGGUAAGAGAUAUGAAGAAUGCACAGGAUAAGCAAGGAAAUAAUAAAAAUGUAGACAAUAAUAAUAAAAAUGAAGACAAUAAUAAUAAAAAUGAAGACAAUAAUAAUAAAAAUGAAGACAAUAAUAAUAAUAAUAUUAUAGUACCGUUCAUUGAUCAGAAUACCAAAAUUGUAAUUAUAUCUAAUGAUGAUAUUAGAAAUGUAGUAGAUGAUAAACAUGUUAUAAAUAAAUAUGAUAAAGAACAAAAUAAUAUAAAUCUAGAUCAUAUGAAAAAGUUGAAUUUAAAAAAAAUGGUAGUAAAUAAAAAAGAAAAAAAAGGAUUAAAUAAAUUAGGAGGAUAUAAUAAAAUUAAAGAAGAUAUAUAUUAUUAUAUUUUAAUCCCUUUAAUAUAUAAACAUAUAUAUGAUGCAUAUCAUAUAGAUAUUCAUAAAGGGAUAUUAUUACAUGGUCCUCCAGGAUGUGGUAAAACAUACAUUGCUUUAUUAAUAAAAGAGGAAUUAUUAUUAUUAAAAAAGAAAUUUUAUAUGAUUACACAAAAUAAAACAAGCACACAAUUAAAUAAUACAAAAAAGGAUAAUAAGAAUAAGAAUAAUGAUGAUAAUAAUUAUAAUGAUGAUAAUAAUAAUAAUCAUGAUGAUAAUAAUAAUAAUAAUGGUUAUAAUAAUAAUGGUGAUGAUAUUGUCAUUCCAGAAAUUGAGAUAUUAAAAAGUACAGAUCUAAUCGAUUAUAAUAAUACAGGUUAUAAAAUAAAUGAAUUAUUCUUAAGAUGCCAUAAAAGAUAUCAAGAAGAAAAUAAAUGUAGCAUAAUUUUUAUUGAUGAAAUAGAAAUCUUAUGUAAAAAAAGAGAAGAAAAUAAUAAUAUGAAUUUAUAUACAUCUGUAUUAUUAAAUAAUAUGGAUGGUAUAAAAAAACAUACACAUACUAUUCUUAUAGGUGCUACAAAUUAUAUUAAUAAAAUUGAUCUUGCCUUAAGAAGAAGUGGCAGAUUUGAUAAAGAAAUAGAAGUUAAUUUACCAAAUUUAAACGAUAGAAUCUCUAUUUUUCAAAAGAAACUAAACCUAAUUAAACAUGAUAUAGGGGAAAAGAAAAUCCAUAAGUUAGCGGACUUGUGUCAAUCCUUCACUUGCUCAGAUAUAAACUCUUUAAUUAAUAUUUCUAUGUUUCUCAACUUAAAAGAAAAUAAAAUAAUUUCACGUGAUAUAUUUAAGAGAGCAAAUGUUCAUACGAUAGAUGAUACAAACGAUAUUAAGAAUGAUCAAACAAGUGUUUGUCUUGAAGAUUCUAUGGAAAGGAAGAUUCGCACGAAUGAAAUGCAUAAUACUGAAGAAAACAAAUAUAUAAAUAUAAACAAUAAUAAUGAUAAUGAUAAUAAUAAUGAUAAUAAUAAUGAUAAUAAUAAUGAUAAUAAUAAUGAUAAUGAUAAUAAUAAUCAUAAUAAUAAUCAUAAUAAUAAUCAUAAUGAUAAUAAUAAUCAUAAUAAUAAUGAUAAUAAUAAUCAUAAUAAUAAUCAUAAUAAUAAUAAUAAUUAUUAUUUAACACAGCAUGGUAAAAAUCAUUUAUAUAAUAAGUCCUUAAUAAAUACACAAAGCAAUAGUUGCCAUGAGAAACAACUGUUGGAUUAUAAUAAAAAUAAUUUAUAUCCUCUAAGAUAUAAACAUUUAUUAAAAGCAUUGAAAUAUGUAAAACCAUCUGGAAUGAAAGAACUAUAUAUAGAUAUUCCUAAAACCAGAUUUAAAGAUAUCGGAGGAUAUAAAUUUGUAAAAAGGUGUAUAAACGAAUGUUUAAUAUAUCCAAAGAAAUAUAAGAAUAUAUAUGAUAAAUAUAAUAUCGAGAGUCCUAAAGGUAUAUUAUUAUAUGGUCCUCCUGGGUGUUCUAAAACGUUAUUUGCAAAAGCUAUAGCAAGUGAAAUACAUAUGAAUUUUAUAAGUGUUAAAGGUCCAGAAAUAUUUUCGAAAUAUGUAGGAGAAUCUGAAAAAAGUAUAAGAGAUAUAUUUAAAAAAGCAAGAGAAAAUCAUCCAUGUGUUAUAUUUUUUGAUGAAAUAGAUUCUAUAGCUGUAAAUAGAAAUAACAAUCAAAAUUUUGUAUCAAAUAGAGUCUUAUGUCAAUUAUUAAAUGAAAUAGAUGGUAUUAAAAAUAGAUUAAAUGUUAUAAUACUUGCUGCAACCAAUAGACCCGAUUUAAUUGAUCCCGCAUUAAUGAGACCAGGUCGAUUCGAUAGAAUCAUUUAUGUCCCUUUACCAAAUUAUUCUUCCAGAUUUUCUAUAUUAAAAAAGAAUCUGAAAUUUUUUAAGAUUAAUAAUUUAAUACAAUAUGAUAAAAAAGAAACAAUAAAUGAUCUUAACCAUAAUGAAAUUAAAAGAGAAUGUAUCAUACAAAAUAUACAAUAUAAUAAUCAUCCAAAAAAUUCAAAUGAAAAAACAAUCAACCAUAUUACGAAAUCGUCUUAUCAUCAUAUUCAAAAUUAUACAUUUAAUAAAAAUAAUAUUCAUAUAAAAACAAAUGACCAUUCAAGCUUAUAUAAACAUUAUAAAUAUACAGAUAUACAAUUUAUAAAAUUAUGUCACGUCUUAGCAAAAAAAACCAGGAAAUAUAGUGGAGCUGAAAUUGUUAAUAUUUGUAGAGAAGCAUCUAUAUGCGCCUUACGACAAACCUUAAAAAAAAGAUAUAUAAAAAUGAAUCCGAAAAUUAAAAUAAAAAUGAAAAACAACGAAACAAAUAAUACACAAAAUAAUAUUGCGCAAAGUGAAAAAAACAAAUAUCCUUUUGAUAAAGAACCCCUUAUUGGAUUAAGCAAGAAACAUUUUCUUCAUGUGUUAAAAAAAAUUAAACCUCAAACAAGUGAAUCGCUAAUAAAUUUUUACAAAAAUUAUAAGGAGCAAAACAAGGUAUAA